UGGACCGCUUGGGGGGAGAUAACGAGCACGCCGUGUAAACUGCGCCAUUGCCAGAUGCCUUAGCUCCGUGGCUAGAAGAAAGCUAGCUCCCACUCAGUACGAGGGUCGCGCUGUUCUUGUUACAAAAGAACGACCUAGCACAAUUUAAACGAUUUUACCGAAAGCAGGCAUUUUACUCUUAAAGCUCUUGUGUGAAGGACGGGCGAAGCUCAACUCUUGAGAGGGCGAGGCCGGUUAUUGCAGAGGGCCCCAGCACUGUGACCCCCUCACAGACGGACAGACGGACAAGACGGCGGACCACCCAACGGACACUAUGGACCGCUCGCCCACCACCUCGGCGCUGAUGGCCAGCAACGUCACCAACAAGAACGACCCGCGCUCCAUCAACUCCCGCGUCUUCAUCGGCAACCUGAACACGCUGCUGGUCACCAAGGCCGACGUGGAGGCCAUCUUCGCCAAGUACGGCAAGAUCGUGGGCUGCUCGGUGCACAAGGGCUUCGCCUUCGUCCAGUACGCCAACGAGAGGAACGCCCGCAACGCCGUGGGCAGCGAGGACGGACGCAUGAUCGUGGGACAGGUCCUGGACAUCAACCUGGCCGGAGAGCCGAAGCCCCACCGGUCAAAGACCACCAAGCGCUCAGCGGGAGACAUGUACAGCUCCUCGUUUGACCUCGACUACGACUUCCAGAGGGACUACUACGACAGGGUGUACUCGUACCCGUCCCGUGUGCCCCCGCCGCCCCCGCCCCCCCUCUCGCGGGCCGUCAUCCCGUCCAAGCGGCCCCGGGUCAGCGUCAGCAGCGGGGGGGGGGGCAGCCGGCGCACCAAGACCGGCUUCUCCUCGUCCAAGAGCGGCCAGAGGCCGUCGUCCACGCGGGCCAGCCAGGGCCCGAGCCCCGUGGCCCCCCCGCCGCCCAGCAGCCUCGUGAAAAUGGACGAGCUGCAGACGAUCAAGCGGGAGUUGAGCCAAAUCAAACACAAGGUGGACUACCUGUUGGAGAGCUUGGAGCGCAUGGAGAAGGACCACUGCAAGAAGUCGGACUCCAAGAGCGCCAUGGCGGAGCCCGGGGAGGUGGCCUCGCCCCCCCACCCCAGCGCCAAGAAGCAGGAGAGCCUCAAGCGGGACCGCGAGUGCCAGGACACGAACGACUCGGACGACGACGACGAAGACGAGGCCGAUCUGCUGGAGGAGGAGGAGGAAGAGGAGGUGAAGAGCCAAGGGCGUGAUGAGGAAGAGGACGAGGAGGAGGAAGAGGAAGGGGAGCACGUGGACGAUGACGACAGCGCCAACGGCGAAGACGACUCCUAAGACGUGACGGCGGCGUGGCACACGAGCGGAAAGAAACUUGGGACAGUUUUAAUUACGGCUACAAAAAUGCAUAGAAUAAUGCAUGGUGUAACCCCCCCCCCCCCCCUCCACAUACAUACACACACCCACCUCCCUCCACGUUCACACUGCAAUGUUGUGUCGAUAUCCCAGACACGCCUUGGGUUUGAUUCGUUGCUACUUUUACUGAUUUUUGAUUGACCGUUGUCCAGUGUCUACCUAAUAAUAGGAGUAAGCUAGCCAUAGGUUUCUUAGGUGUGUGUGUGUGUUUGUACUGUGGCAUUUUGUUGUCUCCCUCUCAGUGCAAACAGGACGGCCCCAUCCUCAUGGCAACCCAGUUCACCGGUUUGUAUUUCAGUGCAUGAAUGCAACUCGGCUUGAGGAAAUGGAGCAUUUUGAAUAUGUUUUUGUUAUUUUCUUUGUUUGGAUCCUAAGUAAACUUGUCUUUGUGUGUUCUAUGUAUUCAUGUCACUGUUUUUUAUACUACUCAGUCUUAGUUGAACUCUAAUAGAAUAAAUAUUAAAAUUUGAGUUUUCUUUCGUUGAUGACUAUUUUUGGUAUGGAAAUGAAUCCUGAGGUGUGCAUUUAAGAAAACACUUAGUUUAUCUUUUGGUUGAAAUAAACUGCGAUGCCUUUCAUAAGUAGUAAACGUGAUCCAAUAUAUUUUGGUUUGUCAGAAAUGUUCCGGGACCGGUGUUAAAUCUAAGUUUGGCUCAGACGUAGUCACUAUUCUCUUCGCACAUUUGGCCCAAAUGUCUAAACUAAAAUAUUUGAAAUCCCGGAGCACCGUUUUUCAAAAACAAAUUAUAAAUUACUUAUAACUUGAUGUUUUCAAGUGGGAUCUUUCACUCAUUCUAUUAACUGUUGGUCUUUAGCUUUAGUUUACAUUGGGAACAAGAGGAGACACAUUAUAGCUAAUAGCUUGCCAUUUCAAAUGAACUCCGAAAUCCAGCGAGACGGGUAAAUGUUUAUUUCAUAGUGUAACUUCAACAGUUUAGUCAGCAUUGAGGUCCUGCUGAAAGAGCAUCAUUGUUAUGCAAUUGUUUUCA